UCCUCACUAGGGUCGCCUGCGUGCUGGAGCCUAUCCCAGCUAUCUUCGGGCGGGAGGCGGGGGUACACUCUGAACAGGUCGCCAGCCAAUCGCAGGGCACAUGGAAACAAACAACCAUUCACACUCACAUUCACACCUAUGGGCAAUUUACGGUCUUCCAUUAACUUAGCAUGCAUGUUUUUGGGAUGUAGGAGGAAACCUGAGUACCCAGAGAAAACCCAUGCAGGCACGGGGAGAACAUGCAAACUCCACACAGGUCGCGGGGCGCUGGAAGCCUAUCCCAGCUGACUUCGGGCAAAAGGCGGAUUACACCCUGAACUGGUCGCCAGUCAGUCGCAGGGCACAUAUAAAUACAGACAACCAUUCGCACUCACAUUGACACCGUCACUGAGUGGGGGCUGAACCCAUGCUGCCCGCACCAAAGUCAGGCGAGUGUACCACUACACCAUCAGUGACUGCCACCUAGUCAGUUUUUCUUUUUUGCAAAAGUUUGGGGUAAGAAGGUUGAAAGAGCCACAAGGGGGAGCUACUGUCCCUUGUGUUUAGUCUAACUGUAUACACAUGUGGAGACACACCCUCCUACUCAAGGAGGAGGAAGAGGAGGAAAAAGAACAAAGACGAGAGGUUCCACUCUGCCAGUCGAAAGGCGAGCUUCUAAGUAUUCUUUGGAAAUUAUCCAUAUUUGGAAUUCCGCAUCUUGGGAAUUGGCUCUGAGCUUCCAAAUGGCCACCUCAGCCCAGCACAACGUUCCCGAUCCCUAGCGAUGCGGUCACCAUGCCAAUGCCUGAUGUCUCCGUGGCAAUUGGGCGUCCUCUGAGAAGCCUGGAUCUUUACGAGCCCACUUCCGCCCUCUGAGGUGGUUUGCUGAACAAGCUUGGUGAUCUCUCCUGUGAGAAAUGCUUGGUGGGUGGACUGCCUUCGUCUUCCCGCUGUUGAGGGCGGCCGUCGCCAGCACCUGCUUGUGCCCGCCGGCCACCAUUUUGUCCGAGUUCCCUUCUGAGGUGCCCGUUGGGGUCUGCUGCCUCAACUACUCAGGUUCCACGCUGGGCCUUGUGCCCUGGUCUCGUCUGACCAACCACUCCGGCCUUCACAUUCUGGAUCUCUCCAGGUGCAACAUCACCUCCCUGGAGCUAUCCAGCGUGGGGGCAUCCCUACUGGAAAAAGUCUACCUAGCGCACAAUGGAAUUGCAGCAUUACCGCGCUACUUCCUGGCAGGACAGCCCCGUCUGAAGGUGGUGGAUCUGAGCCGGAACAUGCUAGUGGAGCUCCCUGUGGGAUUCCUGCAGGACUCAGAUAACCUGCUACGGCUGGACCUGCGAGAGAACCAACUGCGCUCCCUGCCGGCGUCGGUGCUACAGAGGCCCGUCCUCCGGAGCCUGGAGCUGGAUGGGAACCCCUGGGAGUGCUCCUGUUCCUUUCUGGAGAUCUUGGAAGCGGAGGAGCUGGCGAGAAACCUGACGUGCGCCACGCCCUGGACCCUGGCGGGUCGGGUGGCGCGCUCGGCCAAGCUGAGCGACGCAUGCCGGCCGACCAGCCUUACCGCCCUCUUCGUGGCACUACCAAUCCUCAUCCUCGCCACACUUCUGGUGUGCUGGUGCUGCGGUAGGAAGAGAAAGGAGGCCCCAGCAUUUGGGGCAUCCAAAAAACAGACCUCCAGCUCCAGAGGCACCGGGUCCAAGGGGGACAGGGACCUGACGCAGAAUUCAGCAGACCACCUUGGGGAGGGGAUCCUGAUCCCGGCUUCCAAGAUGCUGGAAAGCACCAAUGAAGACGAGGAGGUCCCGCUGGGGUCCAUGGAGUCGCUUCACUCAGGGUCUAAUGGGAGGAGACCCAGCAGGUCUGAGCCAGAUGCAGUUAGUGUGACAGAAGUUCUGAAAGACUCAACCGACCGGGAAAAAGCUUACAUGACUCAGUCCACGGAAUACUACAGCCUGGUGCCGGGAAUCCAACUGGACGACUCGGACCACGAGGGUUGACGUUUAGGAUUUUUCGGGAGUGUCUAAGAGUGGAGCCGCAAAGGAUGCUAAAUCAGCCUUUACUGUUUGGUUUGGUGUUCGAAUCUACGGCCUUCCUGGUAUUCUCUGGGUACUCUGGCUUCCUCCCACAUUCCCAAAACAUGCAUGUUAGGUUAACUGAAAACAAUUCCCCCAUAUACAGUACAGACCCUUUCCCCAAAAAAUUGGAAUAUCAUUAAAAAGUUUAUUUAUUUCCAUAAUUCCAUUCAAAAAGACUUUCCAUUGUUUUGCUUGGACACAACACUCUGUGAACAGCCAGCCUCCUUAGCUAUGAACUUUUGUGGCUUACCCAUCCUAUGGAGGGUAUCAAUGAUUGUCUUCUGGCCAGUUGUCAAAUCUGCAGUCUUCCCCAUAUUGAACCCAACAAUUGAACCAAACUGAAGCAAUUUAAUGACACCUGGGGAAACCUGUGCAGGUGCUUUGAGUUUAGUAGAUGAUCAGUGUGCGACACUUACUUUAUAACAUUUAUGGCCUGCAAAAUUUGGGCCGAUAUUUUUCACAGUAUUCUAAUUUUUGGAAUUCUUGAUUUCGUGGAUUUUAUGAGCUGGAAGCCCAAAUUAUGUAAAAAUAAACAAAUAAAUACUUGAAAUGGUUUAAAUUGUGGGCCCUGAAUCUAUAAUCUAUAAAAGUUUAACUUUUUGACUAGAAUUAUGGAAAUAAACCUUUCCAUGAUAUUCUAAUUUUUUGGAACGGGUCUGUAUUUAUCAGUUUUAAAGCAUCUUCUUUUUGCCACUGGCUGUUUUCUGGUUCUUUGUCUGCCAUUGUUUGUUGUGUGUGUCUGUUUUGUCGAACAAUUGUGACAGUUUUCGCCUGAUAGGUCGUAUAGGUCGGAUGACCGUGACCUGAGCAUCCAGACUGCAGUCUUAUCGGAUGCAUAUCCAAUUUAUAUCCACAUACUGUACAAUAGAGGCCUCAGUCAGAUUUGAAAAAAAUCGCAAUUGUACUUACUGUUCACGUUGACAUGAAAAAAAAUCAGAUACAUGUCACAUUGGGCAAAAAAUUGGAAUUGACCUGCAGUGUGACUGUAGCCUAACUCGUCCAUAGGACAAUAUGAUAAUGUGAAUGUGAGUGUGAAUGUUUGUUUGUCUAUACAAUAUGUGUCCCGCGAUCGGCUGCCAACCAGUCCAGAAUGAAUCCCGCCUCACCUAGGACAGGCACUUGCUCACCCAUGAAUUAACAGCUGUAUAAUUGUAACAUAAAAAACAAUAAAACACUGGAAAUGUG